GAAGGUCAUUUAAAACGUUGCAAAUAAAAAAUAUAUAUAUAUAUAUAUCUAUAACAUAACAAAGAUUUAUUCAUUUCGAACGGUGAUAAGUGUUAUCUCAAAACUCAAACUCUGUAAUAAAAUGAAGGAUUUUGUAUUAAAAUAAUGUCAGCAACUGUUGAAAAAUGUGUGCAAUGAAAACAAUUUGAAUGAAACAAAACGUGUAAAAUUUGCGAAACAAAAAAUGUUCAUUUUUGUGUUUGGUAUUAUAUAGAUCUUUUAUUUUGAGUAUACACCAUCGAAUGCUCGUACAUUUUUGUAGAUGUCUUAUUUGACGAACGUAUUUAUUAUCGGUCGGUAUAUGUGAACGUUUACAGACACAGAAUAAAGAACCAAACAAUAACGUAUCAUUAAAAAACAUACAAUUUCUAGUCUUCUUAAAAUCUGGAGUGUGCAUAAAGAAUGAUGAGAAGAAACAAAACACACGAGAGAAUUUGAAGAGAAAAAUAGAGACAAGAUUGUGUGUUACAUCUUUAUUUUUCAUCGAAUCUGUAUUUUUUUGUAUUCGAGUAUCUUGAUUCAGCUGCGUUUGUAUUCAAAAUACUUUUGCUUCGUUGCAUCGGCGUGUAAGCGAGGGUACUCGAGACUAUAAAAACCGAUCUGGACCAGGGGAAAUUAUUCAGAACAGAGACCAUUUUUCUCUCUUCGUGUUUUUUUUUUGUGUGUAAUUCUCGUAAGCUCUGCGAAUGAAUUAAAAUAAAAACAGAAGUAGACAUCAGAACGAAUAAAAAAGCGCAGAGAGAGAGGAGAGAGAGAAAGCGUAAAUCAACAUUCAGACAGCGGAUGCAUCAAAUAUCAAACAAAAUUGACUUGUUUUCAACCACUCCUCAAUCAACGCAGGCAUCAUAAAACAAAAGGACGGAGAUUUGAUGUUGAAAACUGCAUUAAUUGAACUCAUAUUGGCUGCUCGAUAUUUUCAAAUGUUAAUUGUGCAAAUUUAACCUUUCGGUGACAGCGUAGUGUGACAUCAGUUUUCGAAACAAUAAUUUAACACUGAUAAAACGUGCAGCACAUUCAUAUCGAUGUGUGGAUGAAAUGAUAUGCGGUCUUUGCGGUACACAUAGUCAAUGCAAUCCACGUUUUAAAUUACAUAAAUGAACUUUUCAUAAAUAACAUUCAUUAAAUUUGCACACAAAGUAACAACGUCUUCAAUGGUUCAAAUGGAUGGUCAUUGUUUUGUGUCUGCGCUAUUUUACGCGCUUAUCGGAUUCGAUGCGUUUAUGUCAAAGCCAAUGCUUUUGUAUGCUCUAUCAUUAUCAUCAUCGACGACAUCGCUGACAUCAUCAUUGCUUGAUCCAUUAUCACCAGUUACAUCAAUUGUGGACGAACAACAGCAUACAGAGAAAUCAACCAAUAAUGGCAAUAAAAAUAAAUCCAAUAAUAAUAUAAUUGGUAGAAAUGCAAAUAGCAAUAGCAUACUAACGUCAAAACCAAAAUCAAUGUGCAAAUUAUCCGAAUGGAAAUGCUCGAAUGGAAGCUGCAUACCAUUAUCAAAGUACUGCAAUGGCAUUGCAGAUUGUAACGAUAAAAGUGACGAACCAAGCGAAUGUAGCGUUUGCAACCGCACAUGGUUCGGUGAUAUCGGAAAAACAUACGAAAUGGAAAUAGAUAAGCCUAACACUUUACCGUUUUUAUGUCAUCUGAAUUUCACAGCACCAGGUGGUUUACAUGGCGACAUUAUACAAAUAAAUAUUGAUAAAUUUAACAUUGGCCGAUUUACAUCGCAUACAAAUGACGGUUGUCCCGACGGUUACAUGACAAUAAGUGAGCAGAACUUUUCUUCAAUGGAUGCUACAGCUGGUGUAUUUAGCGAUAACGGCAAUAGAGGCAGAAAUCAGAAGGUUGGCGGAAAGUGGUGUGGCAUUGCUCGUGGCGUAUCAUAUUAUUACAGCGAAAGUUCUUCCAUUAACAUAACAUUGAAUUUAUUCAAAUUCGCGCAGCAGCCGCAACAUAGCCUAACGCUCAAUAACAAUAAUUUUUCAUUUCGUAUAAUCUACAAGUUUCUAAAGCGAACGGAUGCCAAGCUAAGGAAUGAAAAGGGAAUUUGGACAGGCGACCAAGUGCCAGGCACCUAUUGUGACAAAAAUAUCUACGAUUGCGACCGACGAAUUUGUCGAAUAAGGUCACCAAAUUUCCCUGGAUUUUAUCAACGUAAUCUGACAUGUAAAUAUCAUAUUCAUCAUCGUCCACCACCAACUGGAUUGCAUGCAAUGCUGGUCGUACGUCAACCCAUCGGACAAAAAAUGUAUUUGAAAGAUCAACAGCAAGAGCGGCAUCAUGAAUCAAAUGGCCGGUCAUUGAGAGCAUGGAAUCAUUGCGACUCCGUACAAGACUAUUUAUCCAUUUUCGAUGGGAAAAGCACCGAAUUUCCAGAAUUGGCAAGAAUUUGUGGCGGUGACUCAUUACCAGACAUAAUAUCCAGUGGACCAGAUAUGCUAAUCGUAUUUCAAACAUCACCAUAUGAUAGUCUAUUCCAUGCAACGCCCGUUUCUUAUUUACUCGGUUUUGAAUUACAAGUUGAGGUGAUGUUCGUCAAUGCAAAUUCGCAAAUGUAUACACGUCAACCCAGCCAAUGCGAGUUUACUUUGAGUGCAUACGAAAGUGUUUCGGGUACAUUGGAUAGUCCAAAGCAUACAUUGCCACCAAACACUGUAUGUCACUAUCAUUUCCAAGGUCGACGCCAUGAAAUUGUUUGGAUCACAUUCACUAAAUAUCACUCAGCUGUUGAUCAAUCAGUAUUUGAAGCACCCACUGAAUGUAUGCCACAGCUUCGAAUUUGGGAUGGUAAACUACGUGCCAAUAAUAAAAAUGAUGAACUUGUUGAAAAUGUUCGAAACGCUUCACUAAUGGCUGAAGUGUGCCGUGAAGAAGUUCCAAAGCUCUGUUCUCGACUAUUAAUAUCACGUGAUACACGACCAUGUUCCACGCACGAAAGCUACUUGAGUAUUACAUCUGAUAUGACAAUUGAAUUUAUGCCAAAUCCAAGCGGAACACCACACUUGUAUGGACCGUCAUCUGCGUUCAAACUUCGCUAUGAGUUUCUCGAUACAAUGCUUGGCGGUGCUCCAUUGGAACCAUUUCCAAAAGCGACCGGUCCAAAAGCGAUGCCAGAACCGGCAGCACUACUACAAAUCCAGUCAAAAUCAUGCAAUCGUGUAUUUAGAUCAAGUGCAGCGUCUCGUGGAAUUUUUCGUUCAUCAUCGAAUGUAUUUAUGUUUGGUCGUGGUGGUUCUUCAAAUAUUUCAUGCAUUAUUCGAUUCGAAGGAAAUGCUGAUGAAACUGUGCGGCUAACUAUAACAAGAGCACGUUUUGGCGGUCGAUCAUGCAAAAAUGUAAUGAAUCGAUCGGGUCGGUGGCAUUGCAAUUAUUUGGGUGGUCCACAAUCAAGUUUGAGAAUUGGUGAAGUACCUUGGCCAGAUAUGCCACCAUUACCGAGAGAUUGUAUCUGUGCCGAUAUAUCUGGAUCGCUUGCAUUGGCACCAAUUGCAGCCAGUACGGUCGAGGCACAUUUCACUGCAUUCGAAAUGAAUAUCGAUCAGGAUUUUCGUGACUUUUACUUUGAAGGACGUUAUGAAUUCGUUAAAGAUAAUUGUCAAAUAAAUUGGGAAGAGCGUCGUUUACAUGGUAUAAGCGGUGAAACAUUGUUGGGUCCAUCAUCAUGCAAUGGAAUGCCGAUUAUACAGCCAUGGCUUUUGGAACCAGAAACGGAAAACAGUUAUUUAGUAUUAAUGUUGAAAGGUUUUUGGAUGCCACCAUUAUUGAAUUCGGUGCCACCGUGUCCAACCGAUGCUCGAAUCACUGUUUAUUCCACAAAUAAUCCAAAAGCAUCGCGUGAUUUGUGCCCAUCGGGUCCAGAUGUGGUCGCAUUUUCUGACGGCUGGGAUAGUGUCCAUCAGUUUAAUCCAAUUGAAAUAUCAAAAAAUCUUGUUAUAGAAUUUCGUGUGCCAUGGAGGUCUGGAAUCGAUACAACUGAAUAUAAAAUUUCUUGGAUGGAAAUUUAUCCGGACAUGGAAUGCUUACAUAAAUGCAGUGAACUACAAGCUUGUAUAUCACCAUCCCUUUGGUGUGAUGGUAAAGUGCAUUGUUUGUCUGCACAAGAUGAAGAUCCAAGUGUAUGUGAAACAAAUCCACCGCUAUCACCGCUACGGGUUGGAAUGGCUGUGGCUGCUGUCACCAUUUUGCUGUCCUUAAUCGCCGGUUUGGCAGCAUGCGCCCGACGAAGACGUAAUGAAAAACAAAGUAAUUUUCACAAUGAUCAUGAUGAUAUGAACAGCAUGACAAUGGGCUCAAAUCUUAAUAAUACAAAUAUCGUCACUGCACACAGUCAACAGGCACGUCGACACCAUCACAAUCAUGGACAUCGAAGUCAUCGAGGCGCAUCACCGCAUCCUCAUGCUUCUUUGUCACCACUUUAUUUAGACCCUCAAUCGAAUCACAAUUUCUGUUGACAAGAUGUCGAAACAUCAGUUUAGCUGAUUAAGUAAGAAAACUAAAACAAAAUCCAUUUGUCACAUUUAAUAAGUAAUCGAUCGAAGUUCAGCUCUCGUAAGAAAAUUAGCUGGGCAAAAUAUUUUGUAAAAAAAACGCAAAAAAAUAAUAUUUAAAAAAAAUCAAUAUCAUGUUAAAGACAUUCAUCGACCUUGUUGGGAGAAAGUAGUUAAUUGAAGACAUACAUGUGAAUCUCUACCUAGCCUACAUGCAUAAAUCACUUUUGUCGACUUAUAACUCUCACUAGACAUAAUGGAUCAUUGAGGAUCAUAAUGGAGGAUGUCUCACCUAUUAUUAAAUUCACCUGAAAAGUUUAUAGUCAAUUUUUCAUAUUUCGCUCAGCUGAAAAAAAAAUGAUUGCAGAGUAAUGAAUGAAACAACAUGUACGUAUAUCAAUUUGUAGACACAAAUUCUCCAUAAAAUGUAUUUCCAAUUCUCGAAUAAUCAAUCUAUUACGUAUUUUCGGGUAUUUCCAACACUGACAUAAAUCGGACGGGAAUGUUUGCGAAUUUAGUUUGGAAAGUGUCAAUUAAUUGUCUGUUUACCAUAUGAUAUGAUAAAAAAUUUAAUAAUAUCGUGUCGACUUCAUCAAGAAGUGAACAAGUUUCAUACAAUUUUUAAGUUGUAAUUCAACCCUUUCCGAAUGAUAUCAGCAAAUAUUUCACUCAAAAGGUUUAGGUCACUUUAUUUUCACAUUUUUCCCGCUCUUCUGCUGAACUAACAAAUAUUUUUAUAUAUCAAAUCAUCAAUCCAAAAUCAAUCAAAUGCUAGUCGAUAAAAUACAUUCAUUAUUCUCAAACAACAUCGAACAUUCGGCAUCGAAACAAAUUUAAUAACUUUUCAUGCGAUUAAAAAAAAAGCCGUCAUCUUUAAAUCUUUCUUCAUGCGUGAAGGAUACAAUACUACGGUCAAAUACCAUGGCACCAACAAUAAUAAGACAAUUCAUUGAACAUUUUUUUUGUCAUGUUAACAAAAGUAAACGAAAAAAAAAAUUAUACUGUUGUAAUUUGCAAAUGGCAAACGGAACGAGUCGAAACAAAAGACUUUUUUUCGAAAGCCACGCAGUUCAUCGAUUGUGAUAUAAGGAUUUAUGUGAAUAUCAAUAAUGGCGAUUACAACAAAGGUAAAUAAAAAAAACUGAAAUAAAUUAAAUAUUAAUAUAGAUGUUGACAGAGAAUUUAUGGACAUUAUUUAUAAUGUUCAAAAUGUAUAUGGUAAUUUUUUUUUUUGAAAAUGGCAUAACACUUUUUUUCAAUUAAUAUCCUUUCAUUGUUAAGCCCAACUUUCGUCAUAUUGCUAAGAAAUUUCGUAACCAUGACACAUUCAUUCGGAAUACAUACAUUGACGAAUAUUUUACUACAUACCUAGUCAUCCGAUGAAACACGAAAUGAAAACGGAAUUUUAUCUAGCAAAAAGUUCUGCACUGUAAGGCAAUUGUAACAAACAAACAACAAACAAAAUCUCAAGUCGAUACAUUAAACUAGUUUUUCGCAUAUAAGAUAACUUAAAUUUUAGAUAAUAACAGGAAUAUUCAACACAAACAAACAUUAUUGAUACUCAGCGCACUUUAUACUCCUUGAAUAGAAACAAAAAAAAAGUAAUACAUUUUAUUCUCUAGGCUAAAGAAAUCAGUCGAUAAUUUCAUCCGUUGAUAAAUAUUAUUAUGUGAGAAAUCUGAAGUGAUAACCAUUAUAACAUUGUUUGCCGAGAUUGGUAGAAAAAAAUUUCAAAAAAUUUAAUAAAGCAAGCUCAAAGAAAUACUGUUGUAGCAAAGUUUUUUCCAAAUGAAUUGACAUUUAAUGAAUAUUUGCUACAAGAAAAUCAGCAAUAAUCACUUUGUACUUAAUGAAAAAUGUGGCAUCCAAAAAUUGGUAUAUAUACAUAUAAUUUGUUGCCAUUAUGAAUGUGUUGAUAUUGCGAAUGAUAAAUAAAUCAUUAUCAUAAAUGAAAAACUUUCGCUUGAAAAUCGUUUCAAUGAUUUUCAACCUGACACUUUGCAAAAUCAAAACUCAAUACCUUCAUUUUCUCGGUGUAGAUUUUGAAAAAUGUUUGUGGCACAGCAGCAACAACAAAAAAAAUAUGAUUUUACAAAUAAUGCGAAAGUCGUGUUGUUAAAAUGUGCAACAAAUUCAAAAAGCAUAAGGUAGUUGAGAAAAUGAAAGGUUCUGAAAUAGAGCAGAUGUACCUAAUUUCAAGUUUAUACAUCGUCGCUCCUUACAUCAGAUUUAUUUUCUUCACUUAUACUUUAACCAUCAAGCUACAGCUGCACCAAUCACGUAGCGUGUACUUAUUAAACAAUUUCAAUUUAAAUUCCAUGCCAUUAGAUCUCAUUAAAUGAUAAAAUUCAAAACGUUCAACUGAAAAUGGUUGAAAUAAGUUUGUACGUGUUGAGUUCUCCGCCAAUUAAAGCCUGAUAAAAAUCAAUCAAAUCGCGAAUGUAGCAUACAUUUACAUUGUCAGUUGUAGUCUUUCCUUGUGAACUCUGCUGAAUGUUAAAUAUUGAUUUUCACUUCGUAUACCAAAGAAUGAAUAUUCAGAGACAUUCACAACGAAUUAAAAUACUCAUCUAAAUAAUUUUAUUUUAAAGCUGAACAUUUUACACCAUUUAUUGACAUGUUUAAUCGACAUUUCUAUCGUUUGCAAAAUCUUUCGUAAUGAAAAAAUAAAAUUGGCCGAUAUUCAAUAUUUCAAUGUUCUGCAUUGAUCUAAUUAAGAUGUUAAACAAUGUGUCCUUUUGUUUUGAUAAGAAACUUGAGUCUGAAAUGAGAAAGAAAAUUCACCUCAAUUAUUGAAACUAUACAUUAUUCGGAUGUGGUGCCGGUGCGGUUGAGCCUCAUUCAUUUUACCGAUACAGACUCUCAUUUCAGCUUGGGGGAGAGGAGAGAAAAAAAAAUCAUCACCAGAUGUUCACUUUUAAAAUAUGCAGGCAUUUUUCACGUUAGCCGUCGCCCUUUCAUUUUGGCUGCUGCUAAAUUCUACCAUUGAUUUAUGAAAUAACUUGUUACCAAAUAAAUAUUUCAUCCCAUAAUAUGGGAAAAUUUACCAUGAGAAAAAGUCAUAUACACUACUUUUUUGUCAAUGGAACACCAACUGUGGCAUUUAUAUUCAAAAUGCGUCUGAACGUGAAUUAUUUAUGGAGAACGCACAUUGUGAGAAACUUUAGUCAUUCAGCACAUUUUCAAAUUUGUAACAAUAUCAUCGAGAAAAUGAGAAACUAGAAGGCAAAAAGAGUACAAGGAAUUUUUAAGUGAAGUUUCCUGAACGUGGAAAAUGUGUUUAUUGUGUUAAUAAAACUAACCUAUCUAAAUACGUAUAAACCGCACUUUUCACAACGUUGAAUAUUGUGAUUUGGUCAAUAAUUUUGGUAGAAAUGAUUUCAUUGACGUAUUGAAAGCGCUUCCACAGUAAUUGGUUGAAUAUAUAAAGAAUUUCGGUUGAAGUAAUAGCAGUAAUUAUUUAUACAAUGAAUGGAGUUAGUUUUACCCGAAACCAAUCAAUUCCGAUGAUUCAGAUUAUCCAAAUAUAAAUCUCAUGCAAGUCUGUAUAAUGUGCGUGUCUGAAACGUAAAAAUAAUGAGUCUGAUUUGUGAAUAUAAAUUGAACGUAAUUAUUAAACCAAGGAGAAAGAACGGUGGAAGUUGAAUAAACAAAUCUAUAUAAACAAAUGUGAUUUUGAAUAAAAAAAAGGUAUAACGAAUAAAUGCUAGAUUAAGACGAAAAAAGUAGAGAAGUGAACAUGAAACAAACCGUGGAGGAAGAUAUUAGAGAAUAAAUAAUAAGAUGUGGAGGAAGAUAUUAUGUUUUUACAAGGCACACACACAACAGAUCAACGAAUAAAUGGUUUAAAUUGCUUUUAAAUAAUUUUUUCCUUUAAUUAGGUUCAAGUAUUGCAGCGCAAAUUAUAUUAAAUUAAAUGGAUGUAGCUGACUGAGUCCAUUUGAAAAAUAAACGAUUCAAAAUGGAUCUCGUUAUCACUGAAUUUGUUUCACUUCGAUUAUAUUUUGUGUGUGUUCAAUUUUGCGUUGGUGUCAAAUUUAAAGCGAUUGAUGUGUUUAAGCACAUCAAUCUUUUUAUUAGCUGUCCCGAAUUUGGCCUCUUUUACGUACAAGUUUAAAUUAUCGAAAAAAAAAAUACAAAUUCGAUGCAAAGUCUGAUGUUAAAUUAUAAAGUGAUGUUGAAUGAUUGGCAACAUUUGAAGUAUGAUACCAUGUGGCAGACGACAUAAAAAGCAUUAUGUGUGCAACGAUUUGUACAGUAAACUGGAGAAAAUCCAUUCAGAGCGCCAAAUAAAUAGGUAAACAUUUCAAGCACUUCGCUUUUUCGUCAGCAAAACUCUCGAACAAUGAAAAAAAGAUCAUUGUGAAAUCACAUAUAUUCUCACUGUGAUUGAAUUUAAAAUCAAUGUACAUGGAUAUAUGAUAUCAACAGAAACAAUUUAUAAAUUCGAUGGCAAUUCAUGCUUUUUUUAGUCUUGAUUAAUCCAACCAUUGGCUAAUGAACAAAAUCACUCAACAUAUUGUGUUUAGAGAGCAGCGAUAUCGAGACCGAACAAUAAUUUAUUUACCCGAACGGCAGUUUCUGAAACCACCAUCGUUAUGAACCAUAAGACAGAAUAGAAACAUCUCACUAAAUAAAAUCGUAUCACAUUACUGAAUGAAUUGCAAAAUGCUUGCUGUCAAUUUUGUUUUCUACUUACAUUUUUCCUAGCAUUUUUGAAAUCAUUCAUACAUUACAACGAUUUUAUGUACGAAAAAUUUUCACCAAUUUGAACAUAGUUAUGUACACAAAUAAUUACCAGCAAAAUGAAAUAAGAACAAAUGAUACGUGCUCAGAUGUCAAUGCUUAGAGCCAAAAAUUACUCAGAAACCAACGCAAAUAAAAAGAUAAAUGACUGAAAGUGUGGUCCGUCUUCUCUAUUGUCUGUUUCUUAUUGAAAAAUUUGCAAACGCAAAAAAAGCACACACACACAAUCAAGUAUCAAUUGAUAUAAGAUCUCUCUCCUUCCACAAAUGUCAAAUGAAUUGUUUUUGAUGUCGAUAUCAAUCAUUUGCAAUACAGCUGAUAAUUUUAUAAACACUUAUGAAACAUUUAAAGUAAUACGUAAAGAAAAACCUAAUAAGACAAUCUCCAAUUUUAAACUCAGCAAACUUGAUUUGGUUUGCACAACAUUUUAUUUGUUAUUUAAAUCAGAAUAGAAAACUGUACAUCGAAUUUAAAACCAAUUGUAGUUAAAAACAUGGAAAAAAUUAAGAUAAGUUCACUUUUGAUAGAGCUUAUGUUGAAUGUAUAAUUUGUAUUGAAUUUGAUUAACAUUGACUUUUGUUUCAUUUUCAAUUAAAAUAAAACAACAAAUAUUUCAAUAAUACCAUGCAUAUGCACAUGAUAUGUCUUCACAAAUUUCCGAACUUCACAUCGUCUGAUCAUAUUUUAAAGUGAAUUCUGUACUCAAUUCACAAAUUUAGAGCCAAACAAAUGGACUAAAACUUGUGAAAAAUUAAAUGAUUAAACACAAAUUGUGUUUAAAGUGUUGGAAACUUUUGGAGUACACCAAGUAUUUAGAAAGCGAUUUCAAAGGGAAAACUAGUUUUUGAAUUGUAAAUCUGAUGUUGAGCGCUUAAUAUAGGAGCCAGUCUGUAAAAACAUUCAUCAAUAUACGUUAAAUUAUUAUUCGAAUACUGUUUUCCUGAUCGGUUUCUAUCGUUAACAAAAAGAAACCACACUGGCACACAGAGAGAGACACACACACACAAAUUACAGAAUAAAAUGAUAAUCAUUAUGUUAAGAUAUUUCUAAGACGAACAACUUAUCGAUUUUAUUGACUUCGAUUUCCAAACGCAAAUCCGAAGGCAAAGAAAAUGAUGUGCAGAAUAUGUAUGGGCGCAAUUGUAUACUCACCAUUGGAUUGAAUUGCAAAUGUAACAUAUGCCACUGCCACAUACGUAUAAUGGAUUACAUUAUAUCCGGUUGCUUGCUAGUCACUCGACUAGUAAUUAUAUUGGCUAAAGAUUUACCUCUUACAAAAAUAGAGAAAUCAAACUUUUCCAUUCAAAUGAUGAAAUGGAUUUAUUGAAAUUUAUUCACUCAAUCCACACUGAUAUACAUGCACACGAAUUCAAUAUUCAAUUAAAAAUGAUGUUUGUUUCAAGAUUAGAUACAUUUCUAAUCAUUUGUUUUGUUGGUGAAAUUUUUUAUUUAUUUUGUUUUCUUUUUUGUUGUGAUAUGCAACCAAAAUUCAAAAUGCGCAU